AUGUUAGCUUGUUUGAUUGGCUUCAUCUUAUUAUGGUUAUCAAUAACUCAUUGUCAACUAAACCUGUAUAAUACUGAUCGAGUGAUUACUAAUGAUCAAUUACAGUUCGACUGCCUGUACUAUUAUAGUCGUCAAACCAAUACAGAAAAUCAUGAUUCAUCUAAGUCUGUAUUUCAAAUAAUCAAUUUUUGUCUCCGACCAAUAAAUCAAGUUGAUGCAAUGAUUACUACUUUUGAAAAUACACGUGAUCAACAAUUUACUUUGUAUGAACUUCGUCAAUUAAAUGUAACUGUGGAACAAUUACUUUCAUGGUCCGCUCCGAUUGAUCUUAUUGAAAAAUAUGUAUUCUACAUCAAUCAAUCAGAUACCAAUAAUUUGUUAUCAACGGAAACAUUUUACAAUUGUACAAAACCGUGGUUAGGUACUCAAUGUCAAUACUCCUUUGGCUUAGGUAUGACCAUGUCAUUAGAUAAUAUUAUCAGAACAAUUUUGCAGGAGAAAUUUCUAAACGAUCAAAUCAGCGAGAUCGUUCAAAAUUUCACAUGUUACACUCACAUAAAAUGUUAUCGUGGCUCAUCAUUGAUUUGUCUCGACUGGCGAGAAAUAUGUAAUGGACAUAUUGAUUGCAUCGACGAAGGUAAUGACGAAAAUCGAUGUUUUGAAUUGAAAAUAAAUCAAUGUGAUGAAAAUGAAUACAGAUGUGAUAAUGGGUUAUGCAUUCCAAAAGAUUUCUGGCGAGAUGAUGGUAAUAAUCCAGAGUGCCUUGAUGGUAGUGAUGAAUUAAAAACUGAUACGAAUAAUUACAUGGAACAUUGCCUAAAAGAUCCAACAUUUCGUUGCGAAGAUCUAUCAUGUUCUUUAAAAGUCAAUGAGUUUACUUGUGGUGAUGGGCGUUGUACAACUUAUGACGGAAAAGAUAAAGAAGAAGAUCUAGCAUCGAUACCUUUUCAAAAUAUAUGUAACGGAGACUUGGAUCAACAAAUUAAAUUAAUCGAUGGACGUCAUCACAGUGAUGAAACUGACUGUGAAUACUAG